CAGACGUGGGACAGCGGGAUACGAACGACACGAUUACGAGCCGUAUGAAGCAGGGACGGCAAGAUGGCAGACGUAGCUAACGAAGUUGUGGGACAGGCUGUUGAGAAUUUAACAGAAAAUGCAAAUACAACUGAGACGCGGAUACCAGCCACUCCCGAGGGAAUGGCAAUCGCCUAUGGAAGCCUCGUCGUUAUGGCAAUUUUACCUAUUUUCUUCGGAAGUUACAGAUCUGUGAAGCACCAUAAGGAGCAGCAGAAACAAUUCGCAGAGAGCGGUGAAAAACCGGAGACUAUGACUCAGAAGGAUGCAGCAAUCUUUCCUUUCAUUGCAAGCGGAGCUUUAGUUGGUCUCUAUGUAUUUUUCCAGAUAUUUUCCAAAGAGUACAUCAACCUGCUAUUGACUGGUUACUUCUUUUUUCUCGGAGUUUUGGCACUGUGUCAUCUUAUGAGCCCAUUAAUUUCGUCUCUAGUACCAGCUGCGAUUCCGAAGACUCAGUAUCACAUUCACUUCACUGAAGGCGAGGAUGAUGAGGUUGAAGAUAUAAUAGACUACAAAUUCAAUCUCCACGAUAUCGUUUGUCUAAUAUGCUGUUCAUUGGUGGGUGCGUGGUACUUGUUAAAAAAGCACUGGAUUGCAAAUAACCUUUUUGGCAUCGCAUUUGCUAUAAACGGAGUAGAGCUUUUACAUCUAAAUAAUGUUGUAACUGGUUGUAUUUUGCUCUGCGGCCUGUUUGUUUAUGAUAUUUUUUGGGUAUUUGGUACAAAUGUGAUGGUUACAGUUGCCAAGUCUUUUGAGGCACCAAUUAAACUUGUUUUUCCGCAAGACUUACUAGAACGAGGUCUUGGUGGAAGUAAUUAUGCCAUGUUAGGUCUAGGCGACAUUGUUGUACCAGGCAUAUUUAUUGCUCUAUUACUUCGGUUUGACCAUAGUUUAAGUAGAAAAUCAAAUACAUAUUUCUACGCAACCUUCUUUGCUUACUUUAUGGGGUUAUUGGCCACAAUGUUGGUCAUGCAUUUAUUUAAACACGCGCAACCUGCACUAUUGUACUUAGUACCCGCAUGUCUGGGAACGCCGUUGCUGCUCGCACUGGUUAAAGGAGACCUUAAGGCGCUAUUUUCGUAUGAAGAUCAUCCAUCAGAAGCUCCAAGUAAGGCGUCAGAAACUCAAACUGAAGUCAAAAAAGAUAAAUAAAGGAUUGACUUCGCAUAUAGCGAGAAAUUCAUAACAUGGAGAACAUCAAAUAGUUGUCAGUAAUAAUAUAUGUCAAAUCAUUAUUACUGCGCGUAUAGCAACUGGAGUCAGAACGUGACAAUGAUACUAAAAUACCCUUUUGACAAAUACUGAUUCAAAGGGCUGACAACUUCUUGCAUAGAUACGUAGAGUACCCGCAAAUUCUGCGUCACAUAAAGGAUCGGUAAUUUUUAAAAUUGAUAUCUAUUAAAUUUGUGGAUCGCCUUGCAUAUUUUUAAUACAGUGCAUUACACAAAGAAGUGUUUACUUAAUAAAAUGUGUUUCGAAUUCUUGCAAUACUGGUAACCUACAGCUGUAUUUUAUCUGUAUAUAUUAAAUUUCGUAUCAGAGAGAACAAAUUACUAAUAACUUAAGCAUUGAAUACAAUAGAGCGUAUAGCGAGUUAUCGCAUUUCGAGUUGAUUUAGAAUAGAUAAAUUUUACGCGAAUCGCAUAAUAAAUUACCUCUGUUGACAAUUAGGUAAAUAAUCUGUUCGAAUGUAAGCUAUACAUUCUUAUUGCAUCAGAUUGCAUAAAAAUGUGAGUUUGGUGAAAGAUAUACUAGAAAAACAUAAUUCUACAAUCGUUCAUAGAAAAUGCUCCAUCACAAAUGACAACAAUGCUGAAUGGUUUUUUUUUUUUCAUGUUUGAAGUGAAAUAGUGAUAGUUAUAACAGAGUUUAAAGAUUGAAUGUUUUAUAAUAAUGUUUUUUUAACACACUAUUGCCAAAAUUAAGUAUAGGCUAUUGACACCAAAAUAGUUAAUUUGUUUUUAUAAUUAAUCUUCAUUUUGCGUAAGACUGUACAUCUUAUCUUCCAAGUCCUAAAUUUUUGGACAAGCAGUAGUGUAAUAUCAAAAAUAUGUAUGUCGUACAAGGUAUAAAUUGUCAUUUGUUUUGAAAUGUUAGAAGAUAUGAUUUAAUCACAAUUGUUACCAAUUUUUGAGAAUAGUGAUGUGGUAGAAAGCUAGAACACCUCACUAUCUCUUACUGCGUCAAUUAAAUUUCUCAAAUUUCUCGAAUGCAUUAUUGACUUGAGACUCUACAGUAUGUACGUGAGAAUUUACAAUUAUUUCUCACAUUAUUCUGUGAUAUCAGCCACGGUUUGAAAAAUGUUAAUCUCGACAUUAUGUUUAUACAAAUCAUUCCAAUUUUAAAUUGAAAUAUCUAAUACAAAAAAAAAUUGUUAGAAAAAGAAAAAUGAUAGUCUUACCUUAAUUUUUGACUGUCGAAAAUAUUGGAGACAUUUUGUAUGAACAGUUAGACUUGUUAAGACACCAGAAAAGACAAUCUCAUCAGCAGUCCCGGUAGGCUUAAUAUGUGCAUAAAUUCCUCAUCAACUACUAUUCAGUGGUAUCUGAUAUUUAUGAAAUAUCUUAUUAUCUGAUGAUAGAACAGCUCUUUUGUACACCUAAUGAUUAAACAUAACUUGAAAACACAGUAUAGAAAUGGAAAAACAGAUAGAUGCCAUCCGGAAUGGUACCCCCAAUAUCAGUAAAAAAACUUGUAACUAUCAUUCUUUCGGGUAAUAUAUUACACCAUUUCUAUUGCUGGCAAAGCAACAUGUGUAUCGAGCGGGAGACUGGUAGGGCUGUUGGCAUGCGUUAACGAUGAAGAAUUUCUGCUUUACUUAUUAGGUAAGCUAAAUGAUAAGUUAAAAAAAAUAAAAUUUGCGCACAAGUUUUACAAAAAUCAAUUCUUCCGUGACAUUGUCUGCAGCCUUUUUUUCUACCAUUUAAAAGUAUAAUUUUUGAUUUAAUUUCCUUUGCUUUAAGUAAAAAAAAAAAACUCACGACACUUUGUAGCGCAGCACAGGAAAUUUCGAUUCAAAUAGCAGAACAAGUGUGAACUAAAUUUAAGCUGACAGAAAAAAUAAUAAAAAUAACGCUGUACAUUAUGUUUACUUUUUCAUCCAAUAAAUAUAUGGAAUAUAUUGACGUA